AAACUCGGAGUGCGAGAUGGCUGGCGGAUACUGUGUCGUCAAGACAGCCGCCAUUGCAUGUCAGGAGAUGGCUGGCCAUGCGUGUAGCAGAAGUGACGAGUUCUGUUGUAAACGGCAGUUCCGGUCUCAGGAGGUCAAAGUGGUCAAGAGGUCACAGUGUUCUCUACAAGGCGGCAGCUGUGUUCCCCUGAUUGCAGGCAUUAGCUGCCAGAGACUGGACGCUGCCUGUGAUGGCGUCUUGAACACCUGCUGUCUGUUUCAAGCAGAAGUCACGACAACUCCGAAGCCAGCGAUCAGCCAAACCUGUGAGAGUGCAGGCGGUAUCUGCAUGUACGUCGGUGCCGCCAUUUACUGCCCCAGCAGACUUGACGCCACCUGUAGCUUGAACGGCGACGCGUGCUGUCGUCUGCAGAGCUAAAAAGGCAGACAAAGGCCUACUCAAGUCAAAUUUUUUACCACAAAUAGAUUUCAUAGCUGUUGGAUUAAACACCGCCCCCUCCCCCAAAAUAACUAUUCUUUUCAAAUG